CCCCGGUAUGCCAGGUUUGGUUGAGUCCAGGGUUCCAAUAGAUCCAAGAUGGCGGACUGAGUAGCGACGUGCAGAAGUUCACUUUUAACUCUAAACCUUGAAGGUUGUUAUCUUCCCUUUAUUAUUGGAUUGCCGUUUGUUAAGAACGAAUUCUGAUCUUCUAAGCCAUGUUGAGCUGAAAGUCUCUUGACAGUGGAGGAAAAGCCAUUCCAAGCAAGGGUCUUUCAUUUUUUGGAUCAGAAGGUUUUAAGAUUUAUGUUUUGUGUUUUCAAGGUGUUUUUUUUUCGCUGGGGGGGGGAUGUCCAGGCUAGGUGGCCGGAGGGGGCCCGGCCCCGACACACAGGCCACCAGCACAGACACCCUACACAAGCAUAUACAGAUGGACACAUCCACAUGUAGAGACACCUGCACAGCUGCUUGAAAGAGAGAACUGAUCAAGCAGCAAGCAGACUGAACUGUAGACCUGAUAUUCAGGACCCAGCUGGUCCACAAGGAGAGACCAUCUUUGCUUGUGUCAGCUGUUACUGAGCCAACUUCAAUUUCUCUCUCAUUAUUUGACAUUUGACUUUAUAUUUGACAUUCCAUCUAUCAAGUAAUCUAUCCUUCCCUCUGUCCCUCAUCCCAUUCUGUCAUCUGAGAGGGUUUUUUUUACGCUGCAGAGCGACAAGUGGAGAGCAGGUAAUGGAUGAUGCUGGCCAUGGUGACCUAGUGUAAAUGGCUAUUCCUCAGCACAGCUCAGUGCCAGCAUCUACUGUGCGAUUUUCCGCCUCCAGUCCCUCCUCUCAGUCCUACUCCACCUCUCUGCACCCCUUCCCUGUUCCCAGCUGCUGCUUGUUGCCCAGUCCUGCCUCUCCCCUCCAACACCAUGGUAGGUGCAGGCUUGGGUGUGUGGAAGCUAAUGAGAGGUGUCCGCCAGCUGGAGCUUCACCGCCUCAUCCUGGCACUAAUCAUCUUCUGCUUGCUGUCAAUGGCCUUCCUAGCAUACUAUGUCUCCAACAGCCCCAAGAUCAAGGAGGCCCCCCCUUUACCCUUCAGUGACUGUGGUGGAGGAGGGGGGAUGUCACCUGGAGCGAGUACUGGGGCGGCCGGAGGAGAGCCUGGUGUUCAGAGAGCACCUCUUUUUCUUCCCUCACGCCAGGGCCGACUACGACAGGUGAAGGCGGUGGACAAUUCCAGGACACAGCCUGUAGUCCUUGUGUUUGUAGAGAGCAUCUACUCCCAGCUGGGACAGGAGAUCGUAGCCAUAUUAGAGUCCAGCCGCUUCCACUACAGGACAGAGAUUGCUCCGGGUAAAGGUGACAUGCCCACACUGACGGAGCAUAAUCGUGGACGCUACGCACUGAUCAUCUAUGAAAAUGUGUUGAAAUAUGUCAAUCUGGACGCAUGGAACCGUGACUUGCUGGACAAGUACUGUGCCGAGUAUGGAGUAGGUGUCAUUGGCUUCUUUAAAGCUAAUGAAAACUCGCUUCUCAGUGCACAGCUCAAAGGUUUCCCCCUCUUUCUACACUCACACCUGGGACUCAGGGACUACCGUAUCAAUCCCAAUGCUCCUCUACUCUACAUCACCAAGCCCAACCAGGUUGAGCAGGGCCCUUUACCAGGGGAUGACUGGACCAUUUUCCAGUCAAACCACUCUACCUAUGAGCCAGUGCUUCUGGCCAGUACUAGAUCCUCUGAGGUACUAGCACACUUUGGACCCAGCCCCCUGCGGGCCCUCCAUGCCACAGUUGUCCAGGACUUGGGGCUCCAUGAUGGCAUUCAAAGAGUCCUUUUUGGGAAUAAUCUCAACUUUUGGCUUCACAAGCUAGUGUUUGUAGAUGCAAUUGCCUACUUGACAGGGAAAAGACUCUGUUUGUCCCUGGACCGCCACAUCCUGGUGGACGUGGAUGAUAUAUUCGUUGGCAAAGAGGGAACCCGUAUGAAGGUGUCAGAUGUGGAGGCUUUGCUCAACACUCAGAACAAGCUGAGAGCACUGGUCCCUAAUUUCACCUUCAACUUGGGAUUUUCAGGAAAGUUCUAUCACACAGGAACUGAUGAGGAGGAUCGGGGAGAUGACAUGUUGUUGCAGCAUAGGAUGGACUUCUGGUGGUUCCCUCACAUGUGGAGCCACAUGCAGCCUCACCUCUUUCACAACGUUAGCGUCUUGGCUGAGCAGAUGAGGCUUAACAAGAUCUUUGCUCAGGAGCAUGGCAUCCCAACAGAUAUGGGCUAUGCAGUGGCUCCGCACCACUCUGGGGUUUACCCAGUUCACAGCCAGCUCUAUGAGGCCUGGAAGUCUGUUUGGGGCAUCAAGGUGACCAGCACUGAGGAAUACCCCCACCUGAGGCCAGCUCGUUACCGCCGUGGCUUUAUCCACAAUGGGAUCCAGGUGCUGCCCAGGCAGACCUGUGGUCUGUUCACCCAUACAAUCUUCUACAACGAAUACCCAGGAGGUUCAAAGGAACUGGACAAGAGCAUCAGAGGGGGAGAACUUUUCCUCACUGUCCUCCUAAACCCUAUCAGUAUCUUCAUGACCCACCUGUCUAACUAUGGAAACGAUCGGCUCGGUCUCUACACCUUUGAGUCUUUGGUGAAGUUUGUCCAGUGUUGGACCAACCUCAAGCUGCAGACGUUGCCUCCUGUCCGACUCGCUGAGAAAUACUUCCAGAUCUUCCCUGAGGAGAGAGAUCCACUCUGGCAGAACCCUUGUCAUGAUAAGAGGCACAAAGACAUCUGGUCUAAAGAGAAGACCUGCGACCGGCUCCCCAAGUUCCUCGUCAUUGGACCACAGAAAACAGGCACUACAGCGCUUCAUUCAUUCCUGAGCCUGCACCCAGCAGUCACCAGCUCCUUCCCCAGCCCCACCACCUUUGAGGAGAUCCAGUUCUUCAGUGGAGCAAACUAUGACAAUGGGAUUGACUGGUACAUGGACUUCUUCCCAUUCCCUUCCAAUGUCAGCACAGAUUUCAUGUUCGAAAAGAGUGCCAACUACUUUGACACAGAGGCAGCUCCUAAGAGAGCUGCCGCCCUGCUUCCCAGAGCCAAAAUCCUGGCAGUGCUCAUCAACCCGUCUGAUAGAGCUUACUCCUGGUACCAGCACCAGAGGGCCCACCAGGACCCCGCUGCCCUCAACAGCACAUUCCAUGCAGUAGUAACUGCAGGCCCCUCAGCCCCCAGGGACCUGCAGGCCCUUCAGAGACGCUGCCUUCAUCCUGGGGCCUAUGCUACUCACCUGGAGCGCUGGCUGCAGCACUACCAGCCUAGCCAGUUGCACAUCGUGGAUGGAGCCCUGCUGCGCUCCAACCCAGCUCUGGUGAUGGAGGGAAUCCAGAGGUUCCUCGGUGUCACUCCCAUCUUCAACUACACCCAGGCUCUAAUGUACGAUGACAGCAAAGGCUUCUGGUGUCAGCGGGUGGAAGGAGGUCGAGCCAAAUGUCUGGGGAAGAGUAAAGGCAGGAAGUACCCAGAGAUGAGUUCUGAGUCGCGUGCCUUUCUGGCAGAGUACUAUCGUGAGCACAACAUGGAGCUGCUGCAUCUGCUGAAUCGGUUGGGCCAACCGCUUCCGUCCUGGCUCCGCCAAGAACUCCAGAGCACGAGCUGGAGCUGAGGCCACAUGCUGUCACACACACACAUACAUAGACACAGACACACCACAGAAAGGACUGGAGUCUGUGGAUGAGCCAACACUUGCCUCUGGAUUAGAUUGGACUACCUGAUCUGGGAUCAACAGCAGCACGCAUUGAAAGAGCUACACGGUUUUAGCCGAUGUUUCCGGUGCUCCUGUUCCAUGGCAAAAAGAAGACGGUAAAACACGAGAUCUUGAAGUGUUGGUCACCUUUGGAGAAGCAUCCCAGUGGACUCGGCUCCUGAUUUGCUCCUGUGAGCACUGGACAGUCCUCACCCUCAGUGGGUGUGUGCUGGAUGUUUUUUAAUGGAGCUUGUGGACUGGGUGACCAGCAGGCUGAGGCUAUUGAAGAACAUGUCAGACAGCCUUAAUGUGAGGACAGAAGCUCUAAGGAUGAGACUGUGCCAAUGUGAGUGUGUGACUGGGUACAGGACUAAUGUACACACACACACACACAUAAAUCUCGUCUCUCCACAGGAGUGAUUGUAAAGCUUUUCAAAAGCAGUUGUACAUGUUAGGUUUGAGAGGCAGGUAGGAAACAAAGUGGCCAGCAGCCUGAGGCAGACGGUACACACUGACAGUCCACAUUUCUCUGUUACAAACACACAUUACCCUGCAGGUCGAGCCAACAGUCAGGGGGCUGACGUCCCUUUUGUCCUCAUGGUUUUUUUAAAUGGUUUUGGCUAAUAGGAAAACAUGUCAAUGUAAAUAUCAUUUGCUUAAAGCCCAGAUGUGGUCCAGGCUGUGCCCCACAUGAACAUCCUGUCAGGGAAACAGAUGUUUUUGUUUUUGUUUUUUUUUAAAUUAUGAUUGACUGUACUCCAUGUGCUAAGCCCAUUCUCUGGUUGGUAUUUUAAAUUGCGUACUUACUGACUGUUAGCCUACAUAGCAUAGUAAAUAAUCCAUAUUUCAACAAAUGGAUCAGCCAGCACGCUGUUGAGCAAAGGUUGUUUUUAUAGGACUGGAUUUUUAGUUGUUUCAGCAACGUCACAUCAAACGCGAUUGUAGAUACCAAACUGAGGGGACAAGAAUAGUUACAAACAGUUGAAAUAUGUUCAGCUGUUAGCCUUCUAGUGUUAGUAGUUACAAACUUUUUUUUUUUUUAACUUUAUUUUCAAUCAGUUACUAGUAACUUUACACGAGACGGUGUGUUUCUAGUGACAAGGAGCACGGUUAUUGAAUGAAAACAGUCUACUGUAAAUGUACAUAUGUCACUGGGGACAAAUGUUACCUUGCCCCAGUGGUUUAGGAUUGCACUUCUAUAAAGUUGGGGGAGACUCCAAAGAGACAGAUUUUAAAACAUGAAAAUGAUCCGAUACUUUUCCAAAGCAUCUUCCAAACUCCUCUAGAAGACAUUACCCAAAUGUUUUCACAGACUAGCAACUCGACUUGAAUUUAAAAAAUGUUCACUGACCUUAACCAGCUUGCAUAGUCCUCACAGUAUUAUUUGCUAUUAUUUUGUCCUCAAUCGAAAAGGAUCUUCACCGUUACAGUUACAGUACAGUACAGUUACAGUAACAGCUGUUUGCAGUCAUCCUGACAUGCUGUGUUCAUGUGGUGUAGCCCUGGACCACAGCGAUUUAAAACCUUGUGUGGGUUUGUGUUUUACUGUGAGAGAGGCAUAAACGCCUCAGUCAGUAAGUGCGCUACACCCUCAGAAAAGGAAAAAAAAAGCUUGUUACAUGUCAAAUAUCUUCAGAGAAACCAAGACAGAACACUAUGCGCACACACACACACACACACUCACACACACUUGUGUCCAUCUGAGGAAUGUUACCACGAAUGUUAUUGGACAAUAAAACACACGUUGGAGCCAGUUUGGAGAUGAAUGAGAAGCUGCUGUCUUGUUUUCUGUUUGUUUUGUAUAAAUGUCAAAAGGCCAACACUGUAUCAUCUCUAAUAAACACAUAGGGAGGUUGGAAA